CUGAAAUGGUUUGGACUUUCGAUGCCACAAAAGAUUUAAUAAAUCUUCAUAAUGAAUAUUGUGAAGAAUUUGAAAAUGCUCUGAAUACUGAGCAUGCUGUUAUCUGGGAUGGGAUAGCAACUAAAAUAAACAAUAUUUAUCCAGCUCAAGUUACUGGUAGACAAUGCCAAGUAAAAUGGGCUACGCUGUUUCACGGUUAUAAGAACUCUAGAAGAAUAAGG